CCUCUGCCUGACCGGCGCUGGGAAUGGACUUCCAUACACAGAAUUCCUCCACAGCUGUGAAACAGUGUUACUGAGUCACCCGUACGAGUUGACGCCUCAUCAGAAAUGUGCAUCAGACCUGCAGCAGCCUGUACAGCCUGUAGAGCCGGAGUCCGCGCUGCCUGCCUGCCUGGAUCCACACUGUUUUCUCUCCUGGGUGGCCGGACUGUGUCUAAUGAACUCCGGCUCCCUCCGCGCUGCUGCUUCCCCUAACAACAUCCUCUGGACAUUUACUUCAUCCAAGCGAAACGGGCUGAUGGGCAGGACAGUGUUAUGACAUCGUUUUUAUGUGUAAGCGAAUAACCUCGUGGAUUAAAAGGGUCAGAGAAACGCGGCUGAGUGUCUUUUCCAGAUGUGAAAAGCAGCAGAGCGGCCAGGCGACGACUCUUCAACUGGCUGGCAGGCGAGAAACAUGGCUGCUCCGCUAACAGAGAUGAUGGAAGAGCUGUAUAGUUUGGACCCACGACGUCAGGAAUUGCUGGAAGCCCGGUUUACAGGAGUUGGUGUGGCCAAGGGAACUGGUAACAACGAGUCGUCCAAUCAAAGCUUGUGCAGUGGUGGGUCUUUAAGUGAUAAAGAGCUUGAGACACCUGAGAAGAAGAACAGUGAGCAGCGAGCAAGGAAAAGAAAAGGAGAGACUUAUGACCAGGUGAAAGGAGGAACACGAGGGCCUAAAAUCAGUGAUUACUUUGAGUUUGCGGGGGGCAGUGGUCCAGGGACCAAUCCGGCGUGGGGAAUCCCACCGCUGGUCCGCUCUUCUCCGCAACACUCGCUCUCCAACCCUGCAGCGCCGGUUCAGCAGAGCAGUCCUCCUUCCGUUAGCUCUGUAACUAUGGAUCUCGCUGUAAGUUUGGGGAAACCUCUAUCUGCAAACUGCGCUCACAAAGCUACACAGACCGAUUUGACAAUGGACAAGCUCCUCGCACUUGAAACCAACAAGAACUCCGACCUGGAGAAGAAGGAAGGCAGAAUAGACGACCUGUUGCGAGCGAACUGUGAUUUGAGGCGGCAGAUCGACGAGCAGCAGAAAAUGCUAGAACGGUUUAAGGAGCGGCUCAACAAGUGCGUCACCAUGAGCAAGAAGCUUCUCAUAGAAAAGUCUAAGCAGGAGAAAAUGGCUUGCCGGGAUAAGAGCAUGCAGGACCGGCUCAGGUUGGGACACUUCACGACCGUCAGGCACGGUGCCUCAUUCACUGAGCAGUGGACAGACGGAUAUGCCUUUCAGAACCUCAUCAAGCAGCAGGAGCGGAUCAAUGCAGAGCGCGAGGAAAUUGAGCGUCAGCGGAAGCUGUUAGGGAAGAGGAAACCGCCCUCCAUGGCUCAAACUCCGCCCCUUAGCCUGGAGCCAAACAAACGGAAGAGCAAAAGCAACGGGUUGGAGAACGAGGCGCUGUCUCUUGCAGAGUAUCAUGAGCAAGAGGAGAUUUUCAAGUUGAGACUUGGUUACUUAAAAAAGGAAGAAGCAGAGAUUCAAGCGGAGUUGGAACGCUUGGAACGAGUGCGAAAUCUCCACAUCCGCGAGCUGAAGAGAAUACACAAUGAGGACAACUCUCAGUUUAAGGAUCACCCCACGCUAAACGAUCGCUAUCUGCUGCUACACCUGCUCGGCAGAGGAGGCUUCAGUGAAGUCUACAAAGCAUUUGACCUUACGGAGCAGAGAUACGUGGCUGUGAAAAUCCACCAGCUGAACAAGAACUGGAGGGAGGAGAAAAAGGAGAACUAUCACAAGCAUGCAUGCAGAGAAUACAGAAUCCACAAAGAGUUGGAUCAUCCCAGAAUAGUCAAACUCUAUGACUACUUCUCACUAGACACAGACUCGUUCUGCACGGUUCUGGAAUACUGUGAAGGGAACGAUCUGGAUUUCUACUUGAAGCAGCACAAGCUGAUGUCUGAGAAGGAGGCUCGCUCCAUCGUCAUGCAGAUCGUGAAUGCUCUGAAAUACCUGAACGAAAUUCGCCCACCAAUCAUCCAUUAUGACCUCAAACCAGGUAACAUAUUGCUGGUAAAUGGCACAGCGUGUGGAGAAAUUAAGAUCACUGAUUUUGGUCUGUCAAAGAUCAUGGAUGACGAUAGUUAUAAUUCUGUGGAUGGCAUGGAGCUCACAUCACAGGGAGCAGGAACCUAUUGGUAUUUGCCCCCUGAGUGCUUUGUAGUGGGGAAAGAGCCACCAAAAAUCUCAAAUAAAGUGGACGUGUGGUCGGUGGGGGUCAUCUUCUACCAGAGCCUGUAUGGGAGGAAGCCAUUUGGACAUAAUCAGUCACAGCAGGACAUUCUACAGGAGAACACCAUUCUCAAAGCCACAGAGGUUCAGUUCCCUGCCAAGCCAGUGGUCUCCCCAGAAGCAAAGGCGUUCAUCCGUCGCUGUCUGGCCUAUAGAAAAGAGGACCGUAUCGACGUGCUCCAGCUGGCCAGCGACCCUUUCCUCAUGCCUCACAUCCGCAAAUCUGUCGGGAUACCACCGCCUCUGCCACCCCCCGCGCCAUCCACAUCAAACUCUUACAACAGCAGUGCCUCCAACUGACUCGCACACAAUCCGAGUCCGUGAGAGUUUCUGUCCCUGUCUGAUUCAGAGUGAGAGGAACAGUCCAAAGACUUGAGAAAUCAGACAUCCGUUUCUGUUGGAACAGAGACGUGGUGGUGAUGAAGUAGAAGAAGAGAAACUUCAUGAGUUCUGAAUACACCGCAGAGGAUGUGGAUAAGCUCUUGAGGUUGUAAAGGAAGCAUUACAACCUGCGGAAUUCCUCAUAAGUGCUUGGGAAGUGCAUAAAAAUGCAGGUAGUACUUCUGCAUACUCUUCUCCAGGUAAUUGCGCUCAUCCAAAAGUAAGGGAGCGGAUUAAGGAAGAUUGACACAUCUUGUAGUUGAGCUGACGUUUCUCAUCUACUUCUGAAUGAAACUGCACCCAAACGAAGGCCCCGUUUCCAAGGCUCUGUUUAAAGAGAAUACUGGGGGAGGGGAAAUCAGCUCUACAGUCCUACUUGUUUAAUGACCAAAGUUCAGCUCAAGUCAGUUUUUCUUUUCCAUGUAACAUUUGUAUUUUAUGAACUGUUUUAAGGGUUUAUUUUACCAAACCUCUUUUUUAUUCUUGGAAAUUGGAACUGGAAUUGAACAUGUUUUAAGAUGGUAAGCUUAAUUUUUUAGCAUAAAUAUUUUCAGCAUUUUUUUUUUCCAAUAAAAGUUCAAGUGGAAGAGCAGGAAAGCUUUGUUUGGUUUCACAAAACUGCCUUUCAGCCAAUUAAAAACAUCAUUUCUAUGUC